CUCGGUGGCGGGGAGAGGAUGCCCGGGAGCGGCCGGCGCUGCCAGCUGCCCUGGGCGUGAGGAAUCCAAGGGCGCCCCAUUCAAACGUGACGGGGAUGCUGCGUAGUGAGUCUUUUAGAAAGAAAAUGAAAGGCAAAGCACAUGCAGAUGAUUUUCAAGUCCAGGAUUUUGUCAAGAAGAAGAAAAAGAAGAGGAAACACAGUGAGUCCAACAACACACAUGAAGAUGCUGAAAUUGUGGAAGAUCCAGAGCUCAGCCACGAUUCCCCAGUGCUCUUUGAAGAAGCUGCAGCAGCACACGGCAGGGAGGACAGGAAAAAUAAGAAAAAACAGAAAAAAAAGGAUGAGAAGCAGCAGGCUUUGAUGGAUAAUUACAUUGUGAGGGCAGAACCUGAAAUCAGCAAUGGGGCUGGAGCAGCUGCUUCCCCGAGGAAGAAGAGCAAGAGGAAGGAUCAGGAGAGCACUGAUGAGCUCAGUGAUGUCACCUGUGUCCCUGUGAACCAGGACUGCCAGAAGCGUGCUGCUGAUUAUGUUUAUUUGAAAGAAAAGAAGAAAAAGAAAGAAAAGCAGCCUGAAGUGGAUGAGGUGUGUGAGCUGCCUCCCUCUGAGGAACACAGCAAGAGCCACAAAUUGAAAUCCAAAAAGAAAAAGAAGAAGAGGAGAGAGGACAGUGCCCAGGAGGUGGAGGAGGACACAGAGGGGGCAGCUGAGCAGGGCAAGGGACACAGGGGGUGGCCUUCACCUGCAGCUGAGGAUGGAGGCUGUGAUGCUGCUUCUGCCAUCACUGAGGGCUCCGUGGAGCUCCCUACUGAUUUUUCUACACCCACCAAAGCAGCUGAUCGAGCUAAGACGACUCCAGCACGUGCUAAAAAGGCAAUUAAAAGCAGCACUUUUGUCACGGAAGACAGCUCUUCAGAGUCUGAUGGGACGACACCAAAAGACUUGGCAUCACAUAAAAAAAAGCAGCAGAACAAUUCCUUUGCUGAAUUGGCAGCCUCUGAUGAGGUCAGUGUGGGUGGUGAUGAAGGCCUGGACCUUGCCAUGACUUCAGACAUGGAUUUAGAUAUUGCAAGACAAGAACUGGAAGAGUUUAUUCCUCAUGUCAAGAAUAUAUCAGACAGUUCAAUCAAGAAAAUGGCUGGAAGAGACCUAACAAGGUUUAAGGCAUUUAAACAGCAGGGUAUUGCUGUCAAGUUUGGCAGGUUUACCCCGAAGGAAAAUAAACAAAUCCAGAAAAAUGUUGAAGAGUUCUUAUCACUUACUAGAAUAGACAGUGCUGAGAAACUUUUGUUUACUUCAAGAUAUCCAGAUGAUAAAGACACCAUCCAUCGCCUGAAAACAGAAUAUCAUUUUUGUGAAAAAAUCUCUGAGGGCAUACCCCGGCCCUGGAGGCUAAUAUAUUAUCGAGCAAGGAAGAUGUUUGACCCAAAUAAUUAUAAAGGAAGGUAUUCCAAGGAAGAAAAAGAAAAAUUAAAGAAGUAUCAAGCUCUGCAUGGCAAUGAUUGGAAGAAGAUUUCUGAGUUGAUGUCCCGUUCGAACCUCUCAGUUGCUAUGAAAUACUCUGAAAUCAAGUCAGCUGCUAACUAUGGUCCUUGGACAAAGGAAGAGACCCAGAAGUUAAUGAAUGCAGUGAAGGAGGUGCUGAGGAGAAAACUGAAAGCAGAAAAUUCAAAUUCUCUUUUGUCACUGGAAGAGUCAGACACAGAUCUCUGGAUUGAGCGUGAGAAGCUGUACCAGGCACUGCCGUGGACUGAGAUUGAAACCAAAGUGGGAAGUCGAUACUGGAGACAAUGCAAACAGAAAUGGAAUUCAAUUUUAACAAGCAAAUUGGCCAGAGGGCAGGUAUUAUACAGAGGGACCAAUGGAUUACGGGCCAAGAUCAAUCUCAUUAAAAGGUUGUAUGAAACAAAAGCAGAGGAUGCCAGUGAAGUGAACUGGGAUGAACUCAGUAAUGCUAUUGGAGAUGUUCCUAGAGCCUAUGUUCAAUCAAAGUUUUAUAGGUUAAAAGUGUCCUCUGUCCCUUUGUGGAAAAGAAAGACUUUUUCUGAAAUUAUUGACUAUCUGUAUGAAAAGAAGCUUCCAGAACUUGAAGAAAAGUUAAGAAAAGAAGAAGAGGGGAAACUCCAUAGCUGUGGCAAUUUAGCAGCCAGUCAGCAGCAGCAGGUUUUCAGAUUCAGUGACAUUUUUGACUCUGGUGAAGAGAGUGAUUAACUGAUUGUCCCAAAAGCAAUGCCUAAUUUGCAUAUUUAACUGGAAAUGGUCUGGUUGAAAGUGAGUGCAGCUCAGCACCUGCAAGUACCCAGGCUAUUGAUAAUGGGAAAAGUCAGGAUAGGCACCUCUGACUGUCUUGUUUUAUCUUGAGGGAUUGAGUUCUAUGGAACUUCUAUGCCACCUUUUAUUUAAUUUAGCUCUGGUUUUAGAAGUUCUCAUGUAAGCAUCCAAGUUGCUUUCUACAUGUCUCAAAAUAGUUUUUUGGAUUUUUUUUUGGUUUUUUUUUUUCCUGUGGAGUUGAAAGCUGCUGUUUUCUUUUGGAGUGAACUUGGUUUUUAUAACUUUAUUUUUUAAAAAUUCAUGGUAUUGGAAAAAGGUUUACAGUUUGCUUUUAAAUCUCUGUAAUAAUCAGGUCUUGAGAAAUCCGUGUUGAUGAAAACAGCACAACUUUUGAGUUUUUAUUUUUUAACAGGUAUCUUAUUAAAAGCAACUGAUUUUAUUUUUGAUGCAGGCUUGCACUUUCUCAACCCUUCUAGAGAAAAAGGACCUUUGUCCAUUUCUAUUCACCAUUUCAUGCUAACUAAAACAAAUAAAAUGUUAUAAUUAAUAUUUGGAAUACAGAGACAAAACAGUGUAUAUAUAUAUAUACAUGUGCAUACAUAUAUAUUUUUAUUUUGCCAGGAGAAUUUCUACAUUUCAGUAAGAAAAUUAAGCAAUAAGAUGGAGGUUGUACUCUUGUAUUAUACUUUUAACUCUCUGUCUGAAGUGAGUAUUUGUAAAGCAACUGAAUGAAUGUAAAAUAUCUUACAGUGUUAAGUCUUUGUAUGGCUGUUUUAUAUUUCCCACGUGCUGUACUUAAUGUACAGUAAUGUAAAAAGACUUGGUCCCUGCUCUUUGAUGGUCAUUUUGAUAAGUGACAAUUUCCCUUUUCAAUUCUAGAAAUCAUCACUGAAAAUUCAUUGAAAAAUUAAUUUUCAAUGGUUUGAAAGGCCUUGUUGGAGGGUCUGGAAGGUGACUCAUAGCAGGGGGUUUUAAGGGUUUUAAAGGAGAACUUUUCCACAUUUAACUGUCUGGCUUUAGUCUCUCUGAAGAUAGAAAACAUUGGGAUUUUUGUGAGACAGGCAGGACCUCCCCUGCAAUCAGCCAAUGCUUUGAGGGUGAAGUUUUCCAGCCAAGAGAUGAAAUUGGAUGGGGGGGAGGGAAAUACACAUCACUUCCUUUUAGGUCUUUGUGUUGCUUCCUGGGUUUGAAGGUUAAAAGCUGAAAAAGUUGAAUUUCUGAAUCUGAAAAGUAUGUGCUUUUCAAGGUUUUGUUUUUUUUUUUUUUUUCCCUGGAAAAUUGAGUGGUUCAAACAAUACCUGGUUUUAAA